GGGGACGGAAGUGCGCUGGGGACUCGCCGCGGUGAUGUAGGAGCGUGGGAGGGGCCGAGGCCAGCGCCGUCCGUCCGCCGGCCGCCCCGAUUCUGUGGUGAGUCCGCACUCCGAGCGGCAGAGCGGCCGCCCGUGGGCUCGGCAGGAGUCGCCGCACCCUCAGCGGCGCCGCCAUGGACACGGAGGCCGCGCGCAGCUAUUCUCUGGAGCAAGUUCAAGCUUUGUAUUCAUUUCCAUUUCAACAAAUGAUGGCAGAAGCUCCUAACAUGGCAGUCACAACUGGACAGCAGGUACCAGCAGAAGCUCCUAACAUGGCAGCCAUGACUGAACAGCAGAUGCCCACAGAAGCUCCUGCCCAGGAACCUGUACCAGAAGCUCCAAAGAGAAGGAAAAGGAAAACCAGAGCAUCAGAGCCCCAGGACCCAGUGGAACCCAAAAAACCUGCUGCAUCAAAGAAAUCCGGCAAGUCGACAAAGUCCAAGGAAAAGCAAGAGAAAAUCACUGACACGUUUAAAGUGAAAAGGAAAGUGGACCGUUUCAACGGCGUCUCUGAAGCUGAGCUGCUCACCAAGACUCUUCCCGAUAUUUUGACCUUCAAUCUGGAUAUUGUGAUUAUUGGCAUUAACCCAGGAUUAAUGGCUGCUUACAAAGGACAUCACUACCCUGGACCUGGAAAUCACUUCUGGAAGUGCUUGUUCAUGUCAGGGCUAAGUGAGGUGCAGCUGAAUCACAUGGAUGACCACACCUUACCCGGGAAAUACGGCAUCGGGUUCACCAACAUGGUGGAACGGACAACGCCGGGCAGCAAGGAUCUGUCUAGUAAAGAGUUUCGGGAAGGGGGACGUAUCCUAGUGCAGAAACUGCAGAAAUAUCAGCCACGGAUAGCAGUGUUUAAUGGAAAAUGUAUUUAUGAAAUUUUCAGUAAAGAAGUUUUUGGAGUAAAGGUUAAGAACUUGGAAUUUGGGCUUCAACCCCACAAGAUUCCAGACACAGAAACUCUUUGCUACGUCAUGCCAUCUUCCAGUGCCAGAUGUGCUCAGUUUCCUCGAGCCCAGGACAAAGUUCAUUACUACAUUAAGCUGAAGGACUUGAGAGAUCAGCUGAAAGGCAUUGAACGCAACACGGACGUUCAGGAAGUGCAAUAUACAUUUGACCUACAGCUUGCCCAAGAGGACGCAAAGAAGAUGGCUGUUAAGGAAGAAAAGUAUGAUCCAGGCUAUGAGGCAGCGUACGGCGGUGCCUACGGUGAAAACCCAUGUAAUGGUGAACCUUGUGGCUUUGCUUCAAAUGGGCUAACAGCCAACAGUGCGGAGCCAAGAGGAGAAGCAGCUCCCGGCGAUGUUCCGAAUGGGCAGUGGAUGGCGCAGUCAUUUGCAGAGCAGAUCCCUCCUUUUAAUAAUUGUGGGACAGGAGAGCAGGAAGAAGGAAGCCAUGCUUAGGAAAAUGCCUCCAGCUCUGGCUCAGUGCUGCAGUUUUAAUGCAGAUGUCAGGACAUAGAACCUCAGUUUGCUAACUGAGGAUUUUAGUAUUAAUAGUCCUUUACGCUAGUGGUGUAAUUAUAUAUGGAGCAGGUAUAUGGUAGAGUCAACUGUAUGAAUCUGUGUAGUUUGGAAAGAAAGAAAAAAUAGGGUGUUUUGUACUUGAGUUUUGUAUUUGAAUUACCCAUCAUUCCAGCUUUUUAUAUACUCUAUUUCAUUUAUGAAGAAACUGGUUUUCUUUGAGGAGUCACUUUGAUCUGUAAUUUUAAAAAAGCAACAGUCUGAAUAAUUUAUAGUUGAUUCUUCACUGUGCAUACCUAUAUAUGCCCUUAUCCCUUUAAAUGCCUAAGAGGGGCAUGCUAGUAAGAUUCAAGCUGGUGAAAAGGCAGAUGUGCCAGUCUCUGUUUGAAGCUGACUAACCCUCCAUGGACUCGAAGCUGGGGGUGAACUCAGAACCCCCUGAGUUGCAGUCACACACAGACCCCCCCUUACUCUCCCAGUGGUGUGUGUGGCAGUUGCUUGGUAAUAGAAACCUAAUGGGGCCUGAGCCCUUCCUUGGCCUCUCAGAGGCAGAAGCAGGUUCCUGAGAACACAGUGGAACUUGGAUAAAUGCCACUUGUCUAUUUUACUGAAUUCCCCUUCAGUGUUCAUCACUGUUCUCAUUUUUAUCCCUGACGUGGAAAAUGCUAAAAAAUGAACUUUCCAGUGAGCAACGGGAUGCUGCAGGUGUUUGAUAAUCCUGUUUAAACUGGUGCUCAGUACAUGGGAUGUACUAAUACAGAACUUCUCUUGCUAGAUGAAGCUAAUCACUUGUCAAUGAUUUAAAAAGCAUUGUCACUGCUGUUGAUUACUGUGGACUACGUGAGCCUCAUGAGAAAGCUGACUGGAAUCUGUACCUUUGUGGCUGCUCAUGCAUUUUCCAUGGUGCUACAGACAGCCCACCAGGGCUGGUAGGUAUGAAACAUGGGUAUUCAGAGAUGCCUAGUGCAUUCACUCCUGACCAGUCUCGAGUACUCUCUGACUCGAUGCUCACCCCUGGAGCAUGCUGGUUUUGUAGUAUGAAAUGUCCACAAGGGUUUUGUAGCCUGUUCUAUGAAUAAUGAGAGAAGCAGUUUUUUGGUAGAAAUUUAACAUGCCUUUAGCUGUGGCAAUGAUGGGCUUUAUUUUUCCUUCGGUCUGGGUCAGGCUGUGUACAAGUCAUGUUAUUUGGAAGGUGCACUGCGAUACUGUUUACAUGGGCAUUUUAUGCGGGUGCUUUGAAGUGCCUUGCAUCAGGGAUUAGGAUCAAUUAUUUUUUUCAUGGGACUAUGUAAAGCAUGUAGUAUCGCCUUGAUAUGUAACUAUUGUAGCUUUACCAUGGAGAAAUACCUUUAAAUUAUGACUCUGGAGAGUGGCCGUGUGGACCCUCUGAGUACUGUCCUGGUGCUUUUCCUUGAACAUGGUAAGUGAGUAGUAAGUGCUGUGCAUCCUGUACAUGACAGGGUGGGGUGUUUUCAUUAAAUAAUACUGAGAUUUUAAAUAUG